CUGCUGGGAUCUGCUCCCUGCUGUGAGGGAUGUAAGGAUGGAGAAACCUGUAUUGAAGCUGAACGGCAACCAGAGUGGUAUAAAACUGAACCAGAUUUUCUCUUUCUGGACAGAAUUGGAGCACCUUGGAAUAGAUGCGAGUACAAGAGCUUGCACUGGCUAAAGCUGCCCUUGGAAAGCCAUGGCUGCCGCCCCACAUCUCAACUCGGACGCACUCCGAGAGGUCCUGGAGUGCCCUAUUUGCAUGGAGUCCUUCACUGAGGAGCACCUGAGACCCAAGCUCUUACACUGUGGGCACACCAUAUGCAAACAGUGCUUGGAGAAGCUCCUAGCAAACAGCAUUAAUGGGAUACGGUGCCCCUUUUGCAGCAAAAUCACGCGGAUCACAAGCUUAGCUCAGCUGACUGACAAUCUUACUGUGCUGAAGAUCAUAGACACCACCGGACUGGGGGAAGUGGUGGGCCUUCUCAUGUGCAAGGUCUGUGGGAGAAGGUUGCCAAGACACUUCUGCAAGAGCUGUAGCUUGGUUCUGUGUGAACCAUGCAAGGAGACCUCACACAUGCCCCAAGGGCACAGAGUCAUUGCUAUCAAAGAGGCUGCUGAAGAGCGUAGGAGGGAAUUUGGGACCAGGCUUGCCAGACUUCGAGAGCUCAUGGGUGAUCUCCAGAAAAGAAAAGCAUCUCUGGAGGGUGUUUCGAGAGACCUGCAAUCUAGAUACAAAGCAGUUCUGCAAGAUUACAGCAAAGAAGAGCGCAAGAUCCAGGAAGAGCUGGCCAGGUCACGCAAGUUCUUCACCACCUCUUUGUCUGAAGUGGAGAAGGUAAAUAAUCAAGUAAUGGAGGAGCAAGCUUAUCUGCUGAACUUAGCAGAAGUGCAGAUAAUGUCUCGCUGUGACUAUUUCCUUGCCAAAAUAAAGCAGGGAGAUAUAGCUCUCUUGGAGGAGGCAGUGGACGAGGAGGAACCAGAACUGACAGACAGUCUCCCAAGGGAGCUGACUCUUCACGAGGUUGAACUCCUUAAGGUGAGCCACAUGGGACCACUGCAGAUCGGGCAGGUGGUGAAGAAACCCCGGACCGUUAACAUGGAGGAAUCACUCAUGGAAACUGCAGCAUCCUCAUCGGCAUCAUUUCGGGAGCCUGACUUGGUGCAAGAAGAGGCCAGCUGCACACCCAAUUCCUCACCAGUCAAGCCAAGGAUGCCUGAAGCAGCCACAAGCAUCCAGCAGUGUCACUUCAUCAAGAAGAUGGGCUCCAAGGGCAGCUUGCCAGGGAUGUUUAAUCUGCCCGUCAGCCUGCACGUCACCCUGCAAGGAGAGGUGCUUGUGGCAGACCGAGGCAAUUUCCGAAUCCAGGUUUUCACCCGCAAGGGCUUCCUGAAGGAGAUCCGCCGGAGCCCUAGUGGUAUCGAUAGCUUUGUACUGAGUUUCCUUGGAGCAGACUUGCCCAAUUUGACUCCCCUUUCUGUCACCAUGAACUGCCACGGCCUGAUAGGUGUGACUGACAGCUACGAUAACUCUGUCAAGGUCUACACCAUGGAUGGCCAUUGCGUGGCGUGUCACCGGAGCCAGCUAAGCAAGCCCUGGGGCAUCGCCGCUCUGCCUUCCGGGCAGUUUGUAGUGACCGACGUGGAAGGAGGAAAACUCUGGUGUUUCACAGUGGACCGCAGCAUCGGGGUAGUGAAGUACAGUUGUUUAUGUAGUGCAGUGCGCCCAAAGUUUGUCACCUGCGAUGCUGAAGGGACCAUAUACUUUACUCAAGGGCUGGGGCUUAACCUGGAAAACCGGCAGUACGAACACCAUUUGGAAGGAGGCUUCUCAAUUGGCUCUGUCGGCCCAGAUGGGCAGCUGGGACGGCAGAUCAGCCACUUCUUCUCCGAGAAUGAGGAUUUCAGGUGCAUUGCUGGGAUGUGCGUCGAUGCCAGGGGAGACCUCAUUGUCGCUGACAGCAGCCGUAAAGAAAUCCUGCAUUUUCCUAAAGGAGGUGGCUACAAUAUCCUAAUCCGGGAGGGACUCACCUGUCCCAUCGGUAUCGCCAUUACUCCCAAAGGGCAGCUGCUGGUGCUAGACUGUUGGGAUCAUUGCAUUAAGAUCUACAGUUACCAUCUGAGAAGAUAUUCCACCCCUUAG